UCAUUUCCAAUGCACCAAAACACACUAAACCAAUGCAGAACUGUUCUACUUGUUGGUACUAAUUAUACACACCCAACAUAUUCUUGGGGUGUUACAGUGCAACUGUGGAGGUGAUGAUGAUGAAGAUGAAGAUGGCUCCUAAAGACGGCCUUACGCUGCUUCCCUGCUUCUACUUUGUGGAGCUCCCCAUCGUAGCGUCCUCCAUGCUGUCGCUGUACCUGCUGGAGCUCCAGCCCGCCCAGGGGGGGUACCGCUGCCACCAGCCCAGCCUCAGCCUCCCCUACGUGGGCCCGGGCACGGAGGCCGUCCCCCUGCUGAUGCUGCUCAGCCUCGCCUUCGCUGGACCCGCUGCCACGAUCAUGGUGGGGGAGGGUUAGGGUUAGGUCUACGCCCUCCACAGGCCCGCAGGGGGCUGCAGCUUCAACUCCUUCCUCAGGAGAACCGUGCGCUUCGUAGGCGUCCAUGUGUUCGGGCUGUGUGCGACGGCUCUGGUCACGGAUGUCCUCCAGCUCUCCACCGGGUACCACGCCCCGUUCUUCCUGACCGUGUGCCAGCCCAACUACACCCUGCUCAGUGUCCCUUGUGACCUCAACCCCUUCAUCCACCAGGACAUCUGCUCCGGGCACGACCGGCACGCUAUCCUCACCGCCAGGAAGACAUUCCCAUCCCAGCAUGCAACUCUGGCAGCCUUCGCUGCUGUUUAUGUUUCUAUGUACCUGGACCAGGCGGUUCCGGCUUGCCCGCGGCUGCUGAAGCCGGUCCUGGUGUUGGGGUUCUGGCUGGCGGCCGGCCUGGCGGGGCUGACCCAGGUGACGCAGCACCGCAGCCACGCCCACGACGUCUGGGCUGGGGGCCUCAUCGGGGCCUUCAUCGCUGUCUACCUGGCCUGUCAUGCUGUGGGUAACUUCCGGCCCCUGGAGGCGGCGGCCCCCGGGGGCCCGGCCCCCCCCGACGCCUUGAGGGCCCUCGCCGAGCGCGGCCACGACUCGGUCUACAAGGGACCCGCCUCCGCCUCCCAGAGCAACGACCAGAUCUGUGGGGCCCCCGGUGGGGCGGAGGGGGCCCCCGGUGGGGCGGAGGGGGCCCCGGGGUCGGGCGGGGGGCCCGCGAGGGGGGGGCCCGCGGGGGGCCUGCAGAGGGCCAGCCUGGAGGCGGAGCUCAGGGCCCCCAGGGAGACCAUGGUGACCAUGGUGACCUUCAGCCACACCCUGCCCCGCGCCGGCCAGGCCCCCAAGGAGCCGGGGUCGGCAUGGCAACAGAGAGCGACGGACCCGAAGGAGAGAGGGGGGCACUGAGGCGGCCCAGGGCCCCCCAGCGGUGAGGCGGGGCCCGGGGGGGCACGGCCCCGAUGCCGGGGCCCCCGCUGUGUCCCCUAAGAGCACCCUGACGCGGGCCAAGUGGCUCGCCAUCACGGAGAAGAGCCGCGCCCCCCUGGGCG